AUGGUGCCCAAACCUAGUCUCACGCUUGCCUUCGCGCUCUCUGCGACUUUGACCACGGCAAGAUCCGUCGAGAAACGGAUUACCGGAGGAGAGGAAGCUGGGGAAGGCGAGUUUCCGUCCAUGAUCAGUUUCCAAGCGUCCAGGCAUUACUGCGGCGGUGUCUUGUUAGACAGCACCACCGUUUUGACCGCCGCUCAUUGUGGUAGGGAUGACACCUCUCACAAUAAAGAUAAUGUCGUGAGGGUAGGAACGACGACCUGGGAGUCCGGCGGAGUGGUGUCCGGGUACGUGAAGGCGACCGUGGCCCCGUUUGACUUCCCGAAAGCAGAGAAGCCUGCGUACUGGGCCAACGACGUUAAGAUCUGGAAGCUGCUCACCGCGAUCGAGGAGAGCGACAAGAUCAAAUACGCGAAGCUUCCGGAGGAGGGCUCCGACCCCGCGCCAAACUCCACCGCCAUCGCCGUAGGCUGGGGCGUUCAAGGCGCACGGUCGCACCUCAGUGGCCGCCCUGUCAGCAAGCUUCACAAGGUCACGCUCCCCGUUCACGACCGUCAGGUGUGCAUCGACGCCGACCCGGAGGCCGCCGGCCGGGACUCUAUCGUGUGCGCCGGCGGCGAGGGCCGCAGCGUGUGCCUGUACGACAGCGGUGGCCCGCUCUUCGACGCCGCCACCGGCACGCUCAUCGGCCUCACCUCGUGGGGACCCAAGGACAAGAACGGCAACCACUGCGACCAGGCGCCGGCCGUCUUCACCCGCGUCGGCAGCUUCAUCCCCUGGAUCAAGGCGAACCUCGGCGUCGGCGUCGGACAGCUCCCCGCCCCCGAGGAGAUGUGGAUCCGGAAUGCGACGUCCCAGAUGGGCAUGCACUGCACCCGGUUCAUGCACCAGGACCCGGACGGCGCCUGCAAAGAGGCGAGCGGCGAGUGCCUGAAGGAGAUGCCGCAAGACACCCCGAAGACGGAGCUACUGCAGUGCGUGGAUAGGAAAGAGGCGUGUGCGGGCCAGAAGGGCGAGCCGGCGAAGCACAGCCAGUGCAUUGAGAAGGCAAAGGUGUGCGUCAAGGAGAAGGACAUCUGGAUUGGGAACAUCGAGGAGAUUCAGGAGUGUGCCCUGAAAGACCUCUAA